AAUUUUGAAUUUUUACGCCUACCAACACUCUUGGCUUUCUCCAUUUCCCCUAAAAAUCAUCUUUCUACCAACAUUUCACCUUAGUAGAGCACUCUCCAAAUUAUGAAAAAUCACAAAUUACGCUGCAUUGUGGAAAACUGUUACGAAAGUGGAUAUCAGGAUAGCAGAUCCAUGUUCAAGUUUCCCGCUAAUCCCGCCAUCAGACUCAAGUGGAUAGAAAACGUUGGCAUUUCAAAAAAUACAAAUUUAUACAAUCGGCGGCUCUGCCGACGUCACUUUGAACCCAACUCUUUUGGUAAAACCAAGUUGUUCUCGUGGGCAGUUCCCACGCUCUUCUUGGGUGAAAAAGAGGGGCUGCACUACGGCGUCCCUAAAAAGAAACCCUUCAUAAGGAAAUGCAGUAUUGUGAAUUGCCCCACCCGAUCACCUCCUGAUAGACUUCACUUGUUUCCCUCGGAACCGCAAAUGCACAAAAAGUGGCUGGGCUUGUGUAACCUCAAGGCAGACAGUAAAUGGCUUUUUAUUUGUGGUAGACAUUUCCGACGCAGCGUGCUGCCCAGGGUGAAUAGUAAAGUCCCUAAAGAUGCGAUACCGGAGCUCUAUUUGGGAUGGGAGGUUCAAGACCCUCUGGAAAGCUCUCUCAUAACCCCCAAGAGCGAAAAACUUCGGCGAAAAAAGUACUCCCGAAGCGAGGCAGAAGACGAAGGCAUCGACGAAGAAAACUCAAAGGAGGCUUGUGAUAACACAACCCAUAAAUCGUGUUCCAAUUGUGUAACUCUAAAGGAUCAAUUGGCCGCUGCUCUUUCUAAAAUUCAGAAACUUGAACAAAUGCAAGAAGUAUCUGAUACAGACGAGGAGGAGUACAUUUUUAUGUUAAUGAAAUGAGGCAAACUCAAUAAGCUUAGAAUACCUUUAUUCUAGUGCAUAAUCAGUUCCAGCUGGACGAGACGCCGAUUUGUGUCGUAUGGAAGUCGGUACGGCAUUGACGCGGCCAUGUUGGAUAUAGCUUUUGCCCUUUGCCUUAGUUGCUGCAUUUGGGACUGAUCGUGCGACGUGGCCACCAACUGCUUGUACUGGCUCUCGGUGAUUUCCAUGGCAGCCACCAUCACGUCGGGAAGAAUCUUAAUCACUUCGCCGUUGAGUCGUUUCACAUUGGCCAUGCACACUGAUACCUCAUCAGUGGUGUUUGGCAGCAACUGGGUGCGCUGCAACUGCUCCAGUGCCGCUGUGUAUUUCUCCUCGUCGUAAAGAUUGAAGAAGACAAGCAAAUCCAGCAGCAGCAAAAAGCUAGCCUUCAUUUUGGCGUCCACUUCAAUUUUUCCGCUGGCCAGGAGCUUGCUGAAUCUGUGCGCCUCCUGACCAAGGCGCACCCGCUGCGACCCGUCAAAGGCAGGCAGCUGCACCACUUGGGCCAGGAGUAUGGACAUGUGUUUUAUGGCCAACGUAUACUUUCCUCCCAAUUCGUAAAGACGUACAGCCAUCUCAAAGUUUCCACGCGAAGCCAGCUCCUCUGCCACCAGGACGGCCACUGUGCAGGUGUUGAACUCCGGGCAAUCGAACUGUCGGAAGAUCCCACUGGCAAUGGAUAGAAAUACUGUUAGAGAUGCUCGUGUUUAUUCGAAAGUAGAGGAAAUAAACGUCAAAGCGAAUAUAUU